GUCCUUCCCAUCGUUUAACCAAAGACUAAAAAAAACCUUAUAACCUUAGAAGGAGCAGAGAGAAAUGGAGACUAAAGGGCCAAAAAAUGCUCUCUUUCAAAACAAAAGACAACGAGAGAACUUUAGUUCUUGCUCUUCUCUCAGAUGCAAGAAUCGAGCAGAGGAGACUAAGAAUUUGUUUGUUAAAAAUUAGGGUUUUGAGUCGUUUGACAUUUUAACCAAACCGAACCGAACCGAACCAAGCUAAUGUGAGCUCGGCCCAUAUAUGGAGCUCUGUCUUUUACGGCGUCUCUGCAUAUACCGGCGAUGCUGAAGGAAGAAGCUGAGGGAGUGAAAAUGGAAGAUGAUGAUGAAGAACCACCGAUGGCUGUUCAAAUCCAUCCGGAUGUUUCUGUCGGAAAGGUUCACUCAUCAAGCGAUACUGUUUCAGUUGGUGUGUCUGUUAUCACUGGCUAUCUCGGCGCGGGAAAAUCCACUCUUGUGAAUUAUAUAUUGAACGGGAAACACGGGAAGAGAAUAGCUGUGAUUUUGAAUGAGUUUGGGGAAGAGAUUGGAGUUGAGAGGGCUAUGAUUAACGAAGGAGAAGAAGGUGCCAUUGUUGAAGAAUGGGUUGAGCUCGCUAAUGGCUGUGUUUGUUGUACUGUCAAGCAUAGUCUUGUUCAAGCUCUCGAGCAGCUUGUUCAGAGAAAAGACAGGCUUGAUCAUAUAUUAUUGGAGACAACAGGUUUAGCAAACCCAGCUCCAUUGGCUUCUAUUCUUUGGUUGGAUGACCAGUUAGAAUCAGAAGUCAAGCUUGACUGUAUUGUUACUGUCGUGGAUGCAAAGAAUCUUCGUUUUCAGCUCAAUGAGCGUCGUGACUCAUCCUCGUUUCCUGAGGCCUUUAAUCAAAUAGCAUUUGCGGACACGAUAAUAAUGAACAAGGUGGACUUGAUUUCUCAAGAGGAGUCUGAUGAAUUAGAGAAGGAGAUUCAUUCCAUCAACUCGCUCGCCAAUGUCAUCCGAUCUGUUAGGUGCCAAGUUGAUUUGUCCAAUAUAUUAAACUGCCAGGCAUAUGAUUCAACUCAUGUUAGUCGUCUGGAAUCCCUGCUGGAAGCAAAUAAAUCAUUAACGACGACAGAUCUUCACGAUAGUGGAGUAAGGACUCUAUGCAUCAGCGAACCGCAACCUAUAAACCUCGAUAAGGUUCGUUUAUGGCUGGAGGAAAUUCUGUGGGAUAAAAAAUCGGAGAUGGAUGUAUACCGUUGCAAGGCUGUGUUGAGCAUUCAAAACUCAGACCAGAUGCAUAUUUUGCAGGCCGUUAGAGAUAUAUAUGAGAUAGUGCCAGCUCGAAAAUGGAGCGAGGAAGAGAAUCGAACAAACAAAAUAGUAUUUAUAGGACACAAACUGGAUGAAGAAGUUCUCAGAAGCGGAUUAAGAGAUUGCAGACCCUAGAUGAAAAAGCAAACUUGCAGUGACAACUAGAUUGGUCUUUUUUUUUUUCCCCCCAAGUUUUACCGUCAUGAACAAUACUCUGAUCAAUUUUUGUAUAAUAUAUAACAAGUGUGUAAGGUUAUAUAGGUGUUUCAGUUAACGUCUUUACACUCCUGGUUUAAUUCUGUAAGCAAAUCCAAAGCAAGAAGAUUGAUGAUCUUGAAUAACUUAAUAAGAUAGAUAUAUAUAAGCUAAGAA